CUAUGAUAUCAAGAUAUGGAAAUGGCUGAGAGAUAAAAGUAAGUGUAUCCCUAAUCUCCAAAAUAUAUGUAAAUUUAGAUUUCUUACAAAGCUAAAGCCAUUCCAGAUUUUGAUAAAUUAUAUUCAUCUUUUCAAGAUCAAUUAAAUCGAAAAAAACAAUAAAUGAGAAUUACUGAACCUUUACCUGAACCUUUGAAUUUUCAAUAAUCACAUAAAGGUGUUGACAGACCAUAUCUUGAUAGAGAAAUGAAAUCAAUCCAAUCAAAUAAGAUAAAAUUGAAGAAGCUAAAAAAAAAUGAAUAUUAAACCAAUUAAAUAAAUACCUUCUAAUAAGAAAUGGGAAAGUAAUUGUUGAUUUUUGAAAAAAGAGAAAAUUAAGAAAGCUGAAAAGUAAGAAUAAAUCAAAAAAGAAGAAUAAGAAAGAUUGGAUAGAAAAGAGAAAUUAUUUUAUUAUACUUAUUUCGAAGUUUAAAUAAAGAGUAUAAUAAUCAGAAGCUAUUUAAGAUAAUUCCAAGAAACUAGAAUAAUAGAGGAAAGAUAGAAUUGUCUAAUUAAAAAAAG